AACCUCACUAGGCCCCGGUAACCGGGCUUAGGCACCCCAGUGGAUGAUGGCGUCUAACCACUCAAUUAGCAGCAACGAGGGCCGCCGUUGCGAGGUCGCCCCUCGCGCCUCGAGCGACCAGAUUAGACCGCGAGCACCUCGAGCCUUAAUGCGCUGAUCGAAGUCGUGGGCGCGUGGUCUAGGCGGACUCAGUGUUGCGCUAACUAAGAUCACGUUAAUCCGAGUGGUUUAGUCGCUAGUUAAUGAAGAUUUAGUUGUAGGAAACCCGAUUCAGGUGGAGCUGGAAGCGGAGUGCGAGCGAGCGAGUGAGGACAGGGAAAUCGUCGGGUGCGAGACCGACGAGGUAUGAGAAUCCGCGGGCGCUAUGAGGCGCUCCCAGAUGAAGCUGGGGGUGCUGGAUGCGGCUGCCUUACCUUCUGUUUUGUUCUUGUCAGGUGGGCGCUGCAAAAGGUGACACUGCAGUACUCAUCAGCCUGCAGUUGUAGUCGCGGUGAGCUCACAGUGGAAGGUUUAGACGUGGUCGCCUCCCGGGACUUGUGUGCUUUUGCUCAAGAAAGAGGCACGUUUGUGAAGGAUUCGUUUAUAGCGUGCAGGUGAGGUGGUAAAACAGGUCAGCUCUGGUGUAUCGUUUGUCUGUUUCGGUUUUGGUCGAUUUGGAGGGCGAAGUCUUCGGCGGACUCAUUCCUCUUGAUGGCGAUGUCGCGUCCAGCAGAGUCAUCUCGUUGGCCGGUUCAUGUACAGAAGCACACAGAGAGGAGCAGAAGGGGACGAGGAAUUUAGAGUGUGAGAGAAGAAGAGAGAGGGAGGAGAGCGGCACCUGAUGUGUGUGCAGGACAGGAUGUGACUUUCACCCGUGAGUGAUUCAGUACAGCUCAAGGAUCGGUAGGUCAGUGAAUCAAGGCUGCUAGAUUCAGGGGCGGGUAUUUCAAGAGCAUGUCUCCAGGGACUUUUCGCCCGUCCCUUGGCUACACACCUUAUGUAACGCACCUUCCGCGCCUGGAUUGCGACUCCUGCAGUGUUGAGGGAUCAUUUGCGACAGCAGUCAAGUGGGCAGUUGUUCAGCUCUGGAAAGUUCAAGGACGCGGAUUACAGAUUUAACGACGAAAGUGGAACCUAUGAGCAGCCUUCGCAUCCAUGAAAGAAUCAAACUUAACUCCUGCUAGCAUCACAACCUUCGCCUUGGCGUAAACUAGCUGCAGGAAUGGGGACGUCGGAUGUGAACUCUAGAACACUCCGAACCAGACAUUCGCAACCAAGUCUCUUGCUCAUCUGUUUCUUCGUAACAAUCGUCCUCAACAGUUCGGGUGUGUCCUGCGCCAAGUUCUCCAAUGCGGUGGGGCGAACGCCGCGGCACCGCUACUUGAAAGGAGUUCAUGGAGCUUCAAAAAUAUCUCUGCAACCAGACCGUCACUACGAGAAAGGAGAUCAGGAGAGACAGAAGUUGUUCGAGGUGUCGAAGCCGGUGGACAUACCCCAGGGGUCGUGGGAGGUGUGCUCCCAAGUGCUGCUGGAGCACAGAUUCGGAAAUACGAUCAACGACCCGCCGACACUGCACCAGUACACACCCAAGGCGACAUGCGGCAACGGGGGGUGGACCCUGGUGCUGCUGAAAUGGACCGCGACGUGUAGCGGCAGGCAGUUCGACCGAAUCUCUGCAGUGUGGCUUAAUGGGGUGGAAAUUUUCCGGACCUGCACCGCGGAGCCGACGCCGAAUGGGAUCGUGUGGACCGUGGAGAAGGACGUUACGCGAUUUUCGGCUCUCUUUAAGAAGCCACAGAUGCUCGCACUGGAGCUAGCGAAUGUAGUGGACGAGACCUACACGGGGAUCUACAAUGUGACUCUCUCGGCUCAUUUCUACGUCGGCGGGAAGGCGAAGUCUUCCAAGGAGAGCUACGGGGGCGUCGCGGAUGUGAUCCUUCCCUUCGCCGAAGUGUCUCCUCUUAAAGGGGGGCACUGGUUCCAGCUACAGAACGAGAGUGACGUGCAGAGCCGAGAGAUUCAGAUCCCUCGGAAUGCCUACAAGGCGGUGCUUGAGAUCUGCAUCUCCUUUCACGGGGACGAUGAAUUCUGGUAUGCCAACCCGCCUAAUGACUUCCUCUUGUCGAACAACAUCAGCGAUCAAGUUGCAGGAAAUGGCACCUUCCGAGAGGUGCUUGUGUCGAUUGACGGCCUCCUUGCGGGGGUAGUGUAUCCGUUUCCUGUGUUCUACACCGGCGGUGCGGAUCAACACUUCUGGCGGCCCAUCUCUGGCAUCGGAUCCUUCGUCCUGCCCUCAUACGACAUUGAGAUCACGCCAUUCCUCGGCAGGCUCAUCGACGACCGCAACCACUCGUUCAGUGCUACCGUAACGAAUGCGCUACCCUUCUGGCUCAUAAAUGCGAAUCUGCACCUCUGGGUGGACUCAUCAGUGGACUCCACUAGAGGUAAACUGACGGAGCACUCCGCAGGUGCUCUUCAAUCGCAUAUUACGUCCAGGUUCCGUGGUCUGGAUGGGACGUUCCGCACAGAGUCCUCGAGGGCCUUGUCUUACAAAGGCUACCUAGAAUCCUCGUUCGGUAAUCUGACAACCAUCGCUUCAUACUCUUACCGCUUUUCGAAUGAACUCAUAUACACCGACGGAGCCAGCUCCAGUGAGGUUCAUCAGGAGAGUAACACGGAGGAGAAGGUGAUGGUGAAGUCGGACUUUAAGGACCUUGUCUACAAUCAUAGAACUACGAAAUUUCCCCUCAAGUUUUUCUACCGAGAGACGCAGCAUCAAAAUGGGACGCUAUUGGUGAAAGCGGACAUUGAGCAUUCUUGGGACCAGGAUCAGCAGACGCAGUCGGUGAUCGGUGAGGGCGAGAGCUCCUUCAGCACGUUGAAAAACAAGCAACGUUCCAAGGGCGAGCUCGUGAUUCCGCCCAAGGGAGCCAUCACUCGUGGGGUGGCCACCACGAAGCAGAAAUAUGCGUAUGAGAGCACGGAGGGGUGUUACUUCCGGUCGUUGGGGAUCUCCAACUACACAUUUCUAUAUGACACCUCUGAUCGCCGAUGUAGCAUUUCUUCUCAGUAGAUUGAUCAAUUAUUGUAAUUUGUAGGUUUCCAUGCGCCAAUUCAUUGAAAAUAAUCUUGACUCAACACUAAUUCAUUUCGCAACUUCUUUGCAACUAU